AUGUUAGCGUCCAUUCCACAAAUGGAAGCGCUUCACUCUCUGCCUCGGAACCCGGACGUUCCAAUGCGACAACCCUCGGCCGAAGACCUGGAUGCCGCGCAGCAGUUGAUCUCCUCGGCUCAAGCCGGCCGUGAGCACCUGGCAGAACACUACCGUGAGGAUCAGGCCAUUCAAGGGUCUAGUCAACCAGGAUCAGAUCGAUGGAUUGGACACGGACCAGCCGAGAUUCCGGCCGAUACAAUGUCGCCCAAGGGCCAAAAGGACACACCAUUCUUAGGACACUCGUGCAGUAAUUGCGGCACGAAAAGCACCCCACUCUGGCGUCGCUCGCCAACGGGUGCGAUGAUUUGUAAUGCCUGCGGUCUCUACCUCAAGGCUCGCAACGUUGCCCGCCCCACAAAACGGAAUCGCAUGCAAUCUGAGGGAGCCGAAAAGGUGCCGCCUCCUACCACGACCCACUCGGCGGGCUGCACGCCAUCUGAAGGGGGUGGUUGUAAAGGAUCCUGCCCGGGUGGGGGAAGUUGCAAUGGUACUGGUGGUGCCGAGGGAUGUGAUGGGUGUCCAGCCUACAACAACCGCAUCUACAAGUCCGCUCCCCGAGGGACGGCUGCAAUCCAAUCUUCGUGGGGACGUCCGUCGGUGCAGGAGCCUGAACCGGUACAACCAGACGAGCCGGCCGUCAAGCCUCCUCCCGUCGAUGGCAACAACACAUUAGUAGCGUGUCAAAACUGCAGUACAACUGUGACUCCUCUGUGGCGUCGCGAUGAACAGGGCCAUCCGAUUUGCAAUGCCUGUGGACUGUACUAUAAGCUGCACGGAUGUUAUCGCCCCACAAAUAUGAAGAAGUCUAUCAUCAAACGUCGAAAACGUGUAGUUCCCGCUCUACGAGAUCAAUCCCCCACUGCAGCCACCCUCUCAUCUAAUGGCUCAUCCGCCUCCCCAGAAGCCUCGCCCGCUACCCUGCCGCACGGCCAUGAAGACCACUACCGCUACAUGAGCAGCGAGCCGGCGGAUCACUACCAAAUGAUACCUGGAAAAAUGGAAGACGCACCCCGACCCUUGCCUUUCGCGCCACCCCCAGUCGACUUUACUGGCUAUGACGCCCCCAUUCCUCACGGUCUGCCAAUUGCCCACAGUCUGCCAAAACCACUGGGCGUGGAGCGACUGGGGCAUUCGCCCGUCUCUCAGUACGGCCGACGGUCUGCAUCCCCCAAUUCCAUCAACCUCCCCAAAAAGCGAACAUUGGCCGAGACGACGGAAGUGUUACCAGCCCCCACCACCCUGGAAGGAGGCUCAAAUCAACUACCUCCAAUCAUGUCCUCUGCCAAUCCAACUCCGCCUGGCCGCCUCAGCUCUAUUUCCUCCAUUUUGAACCAAUCGGACUCUCGAGGCGAGUCUCGCCCCGAUCCCAACAUGGCUCGUCCUCAACAUCUCCAUCCCUCUGUCUCUCCUUCUCCCCACCCACAUCAGCAUCUCCCCGGCAUUGCAUCUCUGGGUGAUUCAGUCGAUCGCCGUGCGCGACUGGAACGCGAAGCGGAGCAAAUGCGCGAGAUGCUCCGGGCCAAAGAGCGUGAAUUGGCGGAGAUGAGACGGUAG